AUGAUUCAGCAACUUCCAGCUCUUGUCCGCGCCAUGGAGCAGCGGCUGUGCGAGUGGCCGGCUGGCGCUGAGGGCGCGCCGAAAGCCAUCUCAAGACUUGAAGGCCAAAUUGAAGAACAGAAGCAGCUGCGACUCCAAGACGCGAAACAAGUGGAAGCAAAGGCCGCCCGGAUAAAGGAGUGGGUGACGAAUAAACUGCGCGAACUUGAACAGCAAAACCAAUUGUUAAGAGAACAGAACGAUCGCUGUAACCAGCAGCUUGAAUUAUUAAGAAAUCAUAUAGCAGCUCAAGGAAGCAGAAAUUGUGCUCAGUUCCUACCCUCUCGGGGGAGUUUGUCCCUUGAAGUGAGGUCUGAGGACGCUCGAGCCUCAUCAAGCCUAUUGGCAAACAAUCGCCGACGCUCUGAGAGCUUAGAAGGCCCCCAGGAGGUAACACUGAAAAAAUACAAGGACUUAACAAGGAUAAAGCUCCCUAUAGUUUCAUCGGAACCUCAUUAUAGUACUCCAGUAAGACAUAGAAGAAAUCUUUCAAUAGGUACUACUAAUCUAACGCAGUCAAGUGCAAAUAGUCAAUUGAAUACUAUGAACCGAACAAUGGAUGAAAGGACAACGGCUACUCUACUUGCAGAUGAUUUGGCAACUGCAGUGGAAAAUUUAGUGGUGCUACCAACAACACCGAAUACCUCGACCGAUGGCGACACGACACACGAUUAUGCCGAAAUAUACACACCGAGUAGAGAACGAACGCCAGCAUGGCAAGGGGUUAAUGUUAUAGUGCAAGGCAACAGUCGAGGGGGCUCUUCAACAGGAGACAGUUCCACGUCAGAACAACCUCGACCCCCAACACCUCCUCUCCAUAGAUUUCCUAGUUGGGAGGCCAAAAUUUAUCAGGUUGCUGAUGAUGGUCUUCAACAGUCGGUGGAAGAGGAGCUGAGCCCGCCGCCAUGUUUGCGCGCGAUGCACGAGUCCACCAGCUAUCAGGAUAUAUCUGUUCCAGUCUAUGCUACUGUUAAAGGGCGAGCCAGUCAAAUCCGAUCAAUGCCAUUCACCGGUGACUCCUCGGACGACUCGUCUGAAGGCGAGGAGUCUAUGGGAGUGACCGUUCACAACACACUACACCAUAACCCCAUAUAUGGUCAGCCAUCCCAAAUGCCAAUAAACAAUAUCAACAUGACAAGUGUACUGCCGGUCUCCAUACAACAAACUGCUGGACCACAUGGGCUAGUGUUGAACAACACUAAUGGGCAAUGCAGUUCGUCUGAUACUAGUCUUAGUGCGAGUAGUCCUUCGAAGAGUGUUAAGACAAGCUCCAGUUUAAGUCCAGCCAAGCGUUCCAGCAGUGGGUCACCGAGUAAACAGAGCAAAACCAGAGACACUUCGUUCGAGUCGGGCAUGUCGGACGACUACGCGAUCCCGCCGGACGCGGUGUGCGAGGCGCGCGACUCGCCGCGCCGCCACGACGCGCUCGAGAAGAGCGGCCACCUCGCCAAGCUUGGCGGCAAGCUCAAGACAUGGCGGAAGAGAUGGUUCGUCCUCAAAAACGGCACUCUGUCCUACUGGAAGUCCCAAUCUGAAGUGAACCGGAAGCCCCAAGGGCAGAUAGGGCUGGGCGAGGCGUGCAAGAUAUCCCGCAACGAGGGCGCCGCUACCUUCGAGAUAUUCACCGGAAGUCGAACUUACUACCUGACAGCUGACAGUAUUGCUACCAUGGAGGAUUGGAUACGGGUUUUGCAGAACGUGCAAAGGCGUAACGCAACAAAACUCCUUCUAAGCAAGGAAGAUAACAAGCCCACAAUACAAGGCUGGCUCACGAAAGUAAAAAACGGUCACGCCAAGAAGAGCUGGUGCGUGCUCUUGGGCAAGAUGUUCCUGUACUUCAAGACUCCCGGAGACCAGAACCCCACAGGGCAGAUCAACAUGCGGGACGCGCGCGUGGAGGACGUGGAGCACGUGAGCGACUCCGACUCCGAGGAGAAGAACGACGACAGCCGCAACCUCACCGUCGCCAUAUACCCGCAGCACCAGCUCACUGGGGGCCCGACCUACCUCCUGUUCGAGAGCAAAUCGGACAAGGACUCGUGGCUGUACCACCUAACAGUGGUGAGCGGCGGCGGUCUCAGCCAGGGUACGCACUUCGAGCAGCUAGUGCAGAAACUCAUGGAAACUGACGGGGAUCCCAAUUGCGUGCUAUGGAGGCAUCCAACCUUACUGUAUUCAAAGGAAAACAUAACCUCCCCGCUGACUUCCCUCAACUCUGAAGCACUGCAAGCUGAAGCAUUAAAACUAUUUAAAUGUGUACAACUGUUCAUGUCAGUGGCGGUGGAACACGCUGGCAUAGACUACCACGUGGUACUGGCGCAGAACGCCCUCCAGCAGUGCCUGGAGGUGGCUGAGCUGCAGGACGAGCUGGUGUCCGCGCUGUGCAAGCAGAGCGCGCCGCACCACUCCAAGCACGGCGUGCAGGUACCGCGGCGACACGCGCGCGCUCAACUGCUACUGUGCGCGACGCAGUCGUUGUUCACUUGCGACACGGGCGCGUCGUCCGUCGCCGGCGACAACAAGAGCGACCUCCCGCAGAACUCUGCCGGAUCGCCCAGCUCGAUACAGGCGCCACUCUUGUCAGUGGAUUGUAAGAGUAACCCACCUACGUACAGUUUCGUGCAAGGCUGGCAAUUGUUAGCGUUGGCUGUCAGUUUGUUUGUACCAAGAAAUAACAGGCUAUUGUGGUACUUGAAACUACAUUUGAGUAGACAUGCAGAUUCCAAAACAGAGUGUGGUAAAUACGCGGCAUACUGUUCGCGCGCUUUGGAAAGGACGAUACGAAAUGGCGGUAGGACGGACAAGCCUUCCCGUAUGGAGGUGCUAUCUAUACUACUAAAGAACCCAUACCACCACUGCCUACCACAUGCAAUACCUGUGCAUAUGCUCAAUAAUACUUAUCAGGUAAUCAGUUUCGACGGUUCAACGACAGUGGAAGAGUUCCUGUCGACGCUCAGCACGGAGCUCGGCUGCCGGGAGUCGUCGGCGUCGGGCUUCGCGCUGUUCAGCGACGACCCCAUAGAGAAGGACUUAGAACAUCAUAUUAAGCCUGAUAAAAAGUUAUGUGACGUCAUAUCAAAAUGGGAGACAGCGUUACGGGAAAAGGGUUCUGGAAAGUUCGAAAAUUCCAGAGUAAUCCGACUCACAUACCGCAAUAGGUUGUAUUUCAAGAGCUCAGUGAGGACAGAAACGGAUAAGGAGAGACUCCUUCUCUGUUACCAAAUAAAUCACCAAGUGGUGGGCGGGCGGUUCCCGGUGACGCGCGAGCUGGCGGCGGAGCUGGGCGCGCUGAUGGCGCAGCUAGACGCGGGCGACGCGCUGUCCGCGCCGCACGCGCACGCGCAACCGCUCGCGCAGCGCUUCUACCCCUACCGCUACCGCGCCGCGCUCGGCAACGACGACCUCAGAGACAUUGAAGAAAAACUAAGAUCGAAAUGGAUGGCGCUGAAAGGCCGCAGUACGGCGGACUGUGUUAGGAUUUACCUCAAUUGUACUAGAAAGUGGCCGUUUUUCGGAGCCACGCUGUUCCAAGCGCGGAUAAAACAACCGGACUUGUCUAUGGUGUGGCUCGCGGUGUCAGAGGAAGGCGUCACGGUGUUGGAGCUCGCCUCCAUGGCGGUCAUCGGCCGCUAUGCGCUCAAUUCUAUCGGACUGUUUGGGGGAUUACAGGAUGAUUUGAUGAUGUUAAUCGACGCGGAGGAUGCGUCUAGUCCCGUUCAUAAGAUGUUGAUCAGUCUCAAUAAGCCAAAGAUGGCCGAGCUGACCCACCUAAUAGCGGACUACAAAAACGCCCUCCUCAGAAACUGUGGGACGGGCACUCCCCAAAUGAACUCGCUAACACGGAACGGAUCACACCGGUCCAUUAGGAAAACCCUACCCCACUCCUCACCCUCAACCCUCCCCCACUCCCACCCACACUCCCACCCCCACGCCCACUCCCACACAACAAUGACGUUGUCGGACCGUAACGCAACCCUCACUCUAAGCUCCCACACAUCAACAUUCCCACACAUGGACAGACUGCUAUCCCACGGACAACCAGACAUCUUGAAAUCUACUCCGGACCAUAAGAAACGAAGUCAAGACAAUAGCGUGGCG